CAGGUCGCACUGCAGAGAGUGAUGGGAGCGAGGAAGCUGCCAGCCUCAGCGGCACCGAGAUGAGUUGAUGGUUUGGUCUCCAGUUUCCAACCUGCAGAGCGCACCUCCCGCAGACAUCAGCACAUUUCACCUGCCCGUGUCUCCUCUCACAGCCCCACAGGAGGAGGAGUGGUCGCUGCCACUCUGCUCUCAGCUUCAGAGGAGCCGCUGUUGGAGCCGCAAACGUCCGCACCGCCUGUUUCUCCUUUACCUUGACGUGCGUAACCGUUUUGCGCUUCAUUCCGCGUCUUGGCUGCCGAAGAGUUGAGACUUCAGCCGCAACGCAGCGCACCAAGCGAGUGAUCAGACCCCCUGUCCAGUGAGUGAAGAUGAUUCCUGUCCUGAUCUGUGCGUUGGUCUCACUGAGUGUAGCAGAAACAGACUUGGACGUUCUGUAUCCUGAGCUAGAGCACUCAAGAACCAUCUAUGUCACAGAAAAUGGCCCUCGACUCUCAGUGGUGGCAGAACAAUCAAAGGUGGUGUCGAGGCGAGGGGGGAAUGCUACGCUACCAUGCAAGAUCCAAAGGGACCAAUCAAUGGCACCCAAUCGCAAGAUGAGGAUCAAAUGGACCAAGCUGACAUCAGACUACCUGAAAGAGGUGGAUGUGUUUGUUGCCAUGGAUUAUCACAAAAGGAGUUACGGCAGUUUCCACGGACGUGUCCAUCUACAAGGAUCCUCUCCUAUGGACGCUUCAUUGGUCAUCACGGAAAUCACCUUGGAGGAUUAUGGGAGAUAUAAAUGUGAAGUAAUCGAUGGCCUGGAAGAUGGAACAGUGGUGGUGUCUCUUGACCUUGAAGGUGUUGUCUUCCCCUAUUUCCCCCGCCUCGGUCGCUACAACCUCAACUUCUACGAUGCUGAGCGGGCAUGCCGUGAUCAGGAUGCCAUUGUGGCGUCCUUUGAUCAGCUGUACGACUCAUGGCGAAGCGGGAUGGACUGGUGCAACGCUGGCUGGCUGAGCGACGGCUCAGUGCAGUAUCCCAUCAUCACCCCCAGAGAACCAUGUGGGGGCAAGAACACUGUGCCGGGCAUUCGGAAUUAUGGACUGAGAGACAAGGACAAGAACCACUAUGAUGUGUUCUGCUUCACUUCCCACUAUAAAGGUCGGUUCUACUACCUGAUCCACCCAUCGAAGUUGACCUACGAUGAGGCGGUCAUGGCGUGCCAAAAGGAUGGCGCUCAGAUUGCCAAGGUUGGUCAGAUGUACGCCGCCUGGAAGCUGCUGGGCUACGAUCGUUGUGAUGCUGGCUGGUUGGCAGACGGCAGUGUCCGUUAUCCCAUCUCCCGCCCCCGACGACGCUGUAGUCCCACAGAAGCGGCCGUCAGGUUCAGUGGCUUCCCUGACAAGAAGCACAAGCUGUACGGAGUAUACUGCUUCAAGGGCCACAACUGAGCUACAAACACACAACCUGCAAACACAUAAAUACACAAGCAUGCACAAACACUCAGUGAAGGGAAUCUGGAGGUAUGAACACACACUUUCAAACUGUGAUGCUUUAUUUCAUGGAAACCUUAAGACAUAAAAGUCAGACAGAUUCAUGUUGUUGCUUUGUAAUCUGGGACCUGAUACUCUACGGGGGAUAGUUUACACAUAUUUAAGGUUCAUAUUAUUUAAUCAAAGCCUUUGAGAAGGGUGGGUGGGUUAUUGUGGGGGGGUGGGGGUUGGAGGAUAUCACAGCUACAGUCAUACUGUCAUUCAAGAAUGGACAAGGCAUUUCUGAACUGAGAACAGUUCAACAGCAAAAUGUCUCAUGUUGGACUGACACUUUGGGCACUUAUCUUGUUUUUGUUCAAGACCUGGAACAACAACGCCAUGAAAGACACCUGCAAACAAGACGAAAAGAGAGUUAGGAAUACAAGCAGAGCACAACUUAAGUGAUCUUUGCUGUCCAUUCUUAACAAGGUGCUAUGACUGGUACUUUGUACUUCAUCUGACCGUCCAGUAUUUUAUGUUUUUAUACAAAUGUGUUGGACCAAACAUCAGUGUCAUCACCAACAUGAAUAAGAAAUAGGAACAUCCAACUGUUAGCUUGUUUAGGUUUUCUAAAUAUGUAGAAUGUGAUAAUCUAGAAAUGUAUUUCUGUUUAUGACUAUUUUUUGAUAUACAGUAGAAAUAUUUUCAUUAUUAUUUCUGUCUUUCUGGCCAAACUAUCCAAGUCUCAUUGGUUUACAUGAAACAUAGAGUAACAGUGGAAACAAAAAACUCCACAAUCUUUAAAAGCAAACAAAAAAAAUUGCACUGAAUCUAUAGAAGAUGACGCCUAGAGGAGAGAAGACAAGGCAAACAGUAGUUCGCCCUUUGCAGCAAUACAAAAUGCUUGGCAUGAAUAAAUACAGUGCUGAGCUAGAGUAUUUUUUCAGUAAUGAACAGCGAAGUAGACUUUUGUGGCUGUAUCUCUGUUUGGCUUGAACUUCAGAGCAUGUCUUAGCUUCGACAAGCACACAGCAAAACAGCUCCCAGAGUAGAUCUACUCCUGUUGCCUAUCUAGCGCCUUGAUAAACUGCUAUUUUUGAUACAAACACUGUAGUUUCUUAAAGUGAAUGAGCAGAGCCAGGCCCAGGCCCAGGCCCAGGCCGACUGGUGAUCUCAUCCCUCUGUACGCAACUCCACUGAUUAGCCACAUAUCACUCAGCUAUGAGUGUUUACCUGUUAUUCAGGGUUGUAUCUUCAAAACUGUUGUUGUGAUCACAUAGAUGCCGCCACCCAGAAUUAGUAAAUGUUUGUUGUAACCAACAUAAAUCCAAACUAUUUUCUCUUUCUUCCAUUCCUCUCCGCUAGUGGUGCUAGCUGUGGCUGGCCUGGGCACUAGCCAACAGCACAAAUUUUGGAUUGAAAUGUGGGGUUUAGCAAACAGUUUUAGUUGUCUUUAAAUUCGUGAAGUUGUGAUUACAAUAUGGGAAGUUGUGCACAUAAAAUGCAUGCUGUAUAAGUGGUAGCAUUGACUGAAAGCCGUGAAAAUGUGACUGCUGACCAAUAGCCCGUCUAGCCCCCAAGGCUAACCAUUUAGCUAAUGAAUGGGUAACAAAUUGUAGGAAAUCUAAAGCAUAAAAAUAGAAGAUGAGGCCAUAAAGGAUAUCAACAUUUAGGCUUAUCAUUCACUGUUAUUAGUGUUAUAGCUGUUCGUAGUAUCCAUUAAUGCUAUCCAAAAUAAAUGAAAAGGAGCCAAAUACACAGCUGAACACUCAAAAAAAUAAAAAUAAAGCUGCAAGUGAAAUUUCAUUACAUCUUUAUUCACAUUUCUUCCUGUUAUAUUAAAAGCAAUUCUCUUCAAAAGGAAAGUUUGACAUAAGGUUAAAAAAUUCCAGGUGCCUUUUCUGAUUAGUCUCCAAGACUUGCAAAGUUGAAAAGUCUGCAACACUAGUUUAAAAUUACUAUAGCCUAGUUAAUUGUGACGAAAAGUAAAACACAUUUUAAUCAACAGAUUAGUACCUAAACAGUAUUAGCAGGACUUUGAUUGUUUUGGGCAGAUAGUAAUGCAAUAAAAAUGCAACCUGCUCCUGAAUACCAGGUAGAAAAUAAGGUAUUGAGGUUAACUAAGGAAACAAUUUGUGACCAAAUUCUGGAGUUACGUACAGAGAGCUGAAGUCACUGAUGGGACCAAGCCAGGCCCUAAGUGAGCACGGUUUUCCUGGCAGCAACUAGUUCCCUGAUUGCUAUCUAAGCUCUGCUAGACUCAGCUGUGAACCGGCCGACCUGCCUCUGAGCUCACCGAUCAGACCCAGCGGGCCUGCAGCCAACCUGCACCAGCCUGUGGAAUGAGACAGAAAUACAAUACAUAAUCAAAAUACCAGUAAUUCCUGCAUGGAGGGCUUCUUCCAUGUACAGAUAUCACGGUAAAUGGUGCUCAUUGAUCACAUAUAAGGCCACUGUACACGGUCCCAGCUGGACCAGGCUCGGGCUUAGGUCAUCAACAUGGGCCUGGUUAGAGUCCUGCUUUACUUAUCACUAAAGAACUGCUGGACAGACUCAUAAAAAUAUCCUCCUGUAAUGAUAAUGAACUUUACAGAGCAACUGUGAGGUAAACUCCUUUUGAAAAGUCCAGUCUAGUGCUGCAAAAUUACAUUUGUUCCUUCUGUAUUAUUGGUUAUUAUAAACAAUCUGCAAACAUUGUUGGAAUGUUGAAGAAUUAUGUUGACAUUGUGGGGAGUGCAAGUACCAAUGCCAAUCUCAUUUCUGUUCAUUAAAUUUGAAGAAACAGCCACAAGCUUGGUAGCUUAGCUUAGGAAAAAAGAUUGGAAACUCUGUGGAGCAGCUGGCUUGGUUCUGGUGUAUUUAGCACAGUCCACCAAUUGCUUCAUCCUGUUCGUAGUCAUUAUUCAAUGUGAAGUGGAGCUAAUUGUACCCUGGCUAUUCAGGACUUCAAAUUUAACAUAGUAAGGCUAGUGGAUUCUAUUUGCUAUUAGCCUGUAUCUACACUAGCAAGCAAGUCAUCUACAUUUAUUACUAGCAAUUAUCUGUGCUAAGAGAAGUUAAAUGUCCUCUCAUUGUCCAGUACUUUAGAUUGAGCAUAGCCAAAUGCUAAGCUGUUUCCCUCUGUUAGCCUUUAAUUAUGCUAAGUGAAGCUAGUUGUCCCCAGGCUGUCCUGUCCUCUAUAUUUAGUGAACAUAUAUGAAAGUGGUAUCAGUCUUGCCCGGUCACUCUUGGCAAGAAAAGUGUAUUUUCAAAAAUGUCAAUUAUUUCUUUAACGCUUUAAAAAUAACAAAAAUCUGUUGGCUUUUAUUUUUUGUAUUGUCUGUCUAAUGUAAAUCUGAAACCUUGUUAAUUACUGCAGCAUACAAGGAGGCCUUAGGGACCCAAAGAUAAAAAAAAGGACAAUAAAACGUUACAUAAG